UUGUACCAAUCGAGGCCUAAAAGGAGAAUAAGAACCACAUAUAUCAUGUCCACGUCAUCAAUUUAACUCAACCAAUCACAUUAGAAUGUUUUGACACUGUCACCUUGGCUUCCUGGUUUUCUUGGACGAGAGUGGAGAAAUUGGCGAUUGGAUUUCUCAACGGAAAUAGUUUCAUCGCCACCACCCCGUUAAUCCAUCUCUGCGCCAUGAAUUCUUUUUAAUGGGUUCGUUUUGCCUUCCUGUGUCUCCUCCUAUUUAUAUCGAAAGGAUUCAAUACUCUCAAAAAUCUCAAGAACGAUGAAUUCCAACAGCAAGACCUUUGGUUCCGGCGAUCUUACCUCCGCGAAGUUGAUCAACUCCGCCGGUGAGCCUGUGAAUCGUUCCUCUGAAACCGCCGAUUCCUCUGUCGUAGCUAGGCCAAAAAGAGACAUAACUGGUGACUCCUCCGCCAACGCUGUCGCCGGUGUUGUGGGAAAACCAUUUAGAUUUUAUUAAUGUGGAAUCAAGAACCAUCCCGACAAGGGUGGAGAUCCUAAGCAGCAAUCAAGAACCAUCCCGACAAGGGUGGAGAUCCUGAGAAGUUCAAAGAGCUAGCACAGGCGUAUGAAGUUCUGAGCGACCCAGAGAAGAGAGAGAUAUAUGAUGAGUACGGAGAGGAUGCACUCAAGGAAGGAAUGGGUGGUGGAGGAGGUGGGCAUGAUCCUUUUGAUAUCUUCUCAUCCUUCGUUGGCGGUGGCAGCCCCUUUGGAGGUUGGAGGUGGUAGCAGCAGAGGAGGAGGGAGGAUGCAGAGGCGUGGUGAAGAUGUUGUUCAUCUUUUGAAGGUUUCCCUUGAGGAUCUCUACCUUGGUACUACCAAGAAGCUCUCUCUUUCUAGAAACACUCCCUGCUCCAAGUGCAACGGUGUUUGUCAUUCAGCAGAAAGAGCACCCAAAGUUCAAGAGAAAAGGAGAAGACCUCUUUGUAGAACACACACUCUCUCUCUCACCGAAGCUCUAUGUGGCUUUUCCUUCGUCCUCACCCACUUGGAUGGCAGAAAUCUUCUCAUCAAAUCUUAUCCCGGGGACGUCGUUAAACCUGAUUCAUACAAGGCAAUAAGCGAUGAAGGGAUGCCGAUAUACCAGAGGCCAUUCAUGAAGGGUAAGCUCUACAUCCACUUCACGGUGGAUUUCCCGGACUCGCUAAGCCCUGACCAGACCAAAUCAUUUGUAUCUUCAGUUUGGUUUUCAACGUUUUAAGGUUGUAAUAUUGCUUUGGCUUGGAUGAUCUCAUGUUUCUUUCUCAUGUCUUUCACUGUC